AUGAACAAGCCUACGGGCCAAUCUGUCGGCGCUGCUUAUUUCAUUACCAACGAAGAGACGGGUAACUUCAUCGUUUCUGCUGACAUAGAGUCUGACGGUACCUUGAACCUUCGACAAGCAAUCGCUACUGGUGGCCUUGGAUUGCACGGAAACAAUGGAGGAGUCACUGAUGGUCCUGAUGGACUCUUCUCUCAGGGAGCUGUCAAAGUCAGCGCCGCGGCGAACGUGCUGGCCACAGUAAAUCCCGGUUCGAAUACGUUGUCAAUUUUCAGUAUUGACCCAUCCGACCCCAUAAAUCUCAACCGAAUCGGAGACCCGGUCGGCAGUGGUGGAGAGUUUCCUAUGUCAUUGGCAUUUAACAAAGUAGGUGAUACACUAUGUGCUUUGAAUGGUGGUCAAGUGAAUGGUGUCAGUUGCUUCAAGGUCGACCAAACUAAAGGCCUCAUAAAUCUAUCGGGAACGAACCGCGCCUUAAACCUCAACCAAACCACACCUGCCACCGGCCCUGCUGGAAGUGCCAGUCACAUAAUCUUCUCAGAAGAUAAUACCCAAUUGAUUGCCUCGGUGAAGGGUGUACCUCCAACUCCCGGAUUUCUAGCAGUUUGGGACGUCGCAACCGAUGGUUCGUUGUCGCCAGUGUUUAAAACCAUCACACCGUCGCAGGGAGGUCUUCUUCCAUUCUCGAUGACUGUGAUUGAAGGCAAGAACGCUCUCCUAGCUACCGAUGCAGGUGUUGGUUUUGAUAUCUUCGAUUUGAGCACUUCUGGCGGCAAUGCUUCGUCCGUUGUGCCCAUCGAUGGACAAUCAGCUACCUGUUGGUCUAGCUUUAGCAACCAAACGGGAAACUUUUAUUUGACUGACAUCGGGACUUCCAUGGUCACUGAAGUCAAUGUAGACGACAAUUUGAAAGGAUCUAUUGUGAAGCAAUAUGCACAGGGCAGCAACAGUGGUACCAUCGACAAUGAUAUCGCUUCAGUAGGCGGAAAAGAUUUCAUGUAUAUCUUGGCUGCGAACGCGACUGCUAUCGACGUUUUGUCCCUGAAUGCUCCAGGACAAGCACAGAACAUUCAGAAAGUAGAUAUAGCAGGUCCAGCAAAAGCUUCCGGCCUUAUUGUCGGUGAUUGUUCAGGUGUAUCUGUUCAGGGGAUGACCACUUUCAUAAAGAAAUAA